AUGCCCGAAGAUGAAGAGUUUAUUCCCGAAGCAUCUGUGGUGUUCGUCUCUUCGGCUCCAUUAUCAUCCCCGAAGCCGAAAUUCUCCAAACCUGGCCUUGCCAAGCAACUCGAAUUCAAUUCAAGCGUCGUUAACGCGGCAGUCCACACGCGUUCACCGGAAUUAAAAACCACAGAAUUGAACCCGAACGUGUUGGUGGGUCCCAAACCUACUGACACGCCAAAGUCUAUUUAA